AUGUGCAUUGACUUCACAAUCUUGAACAAGGAGUGCCCGAAGGAUGAAUACCCACUACCACGAAUCGACACCCUGGUCGAUGCAGCAGCUUGCUCGGAGAUGCUCAGUAUGUUGGAUUAUUUCUCAGGUUACCACCAGAUAUUCAUGAACAAGGCAGAUGAAGAGGUGACCAGUUUCACCACCCCCUUCGGGACAUAUUGCUACGUGAGAAUGCCAGAGGGCCUCCGCAAUGCCGGAUGCACUUUUAACAGAAUGAUCAAGAAGGUACUGGGAGAUCAACUAGGGAGGAACAUCUCUGCAUAUGUCGACAAUGUUGUUGUCCGAAGCGAGAGGAGGGAGGAUCAUAUCCAAGACCUUCGCGAAACAUUCGCGAACCUUUGCCGUCAUGGUUUGAAGCUGAACCCGAAGAAAUGCGUCUUCGGAGUCCGAAGAGGCAAAUUAUUGGGAUGCAUGAUAACCGAAAUGGGAAUUGAGGCAAAUCCGGAGAAGAUAGAAGUCAUCAAGCGGAUGAAGCCGCCAACUACAAGAAAAGGGGUGCAAAAGUUAACAGGCAGGUUGGCUUCGCUUAACCGAUUCAUAUCAAAAUCUGCGGAGAAGUGCCUUCCAUUUUUCAAGGCACUGAAAGGCUCAGGCAACUUAGAAUGGGGCGAAGAGCAGGCGAAGGCCUUCGAAGACCUCAAGCAGUACAUUGAGAAAUUGGCAGUCAUGUCCAGCCCUUCGGAGAAGGCGGAGUUGUUGUUAUACAUCUCCACAUCAGGUGCAGCCGUAAGUGCUGCUCUCGUCGAAGAGCGCACAAUCGAAGGGGCAUUGACACAGGUGCCUAUAUACUUUGUUUCCGAAGCCCUAAACGGGUCAAAAUUGCUAUACUCAGAAAUGGAGAAGAUGGCAUAUGCGGUGGUCAUGGCAGCACGCAAGCUUCGUUACUACUUCCAGAGCCACAAAGUCAAGGUUCCAACCUCUUUCCCACUUCGGGAUAUGUUUGAAAACAGAGAAGCCUCUGGCAGGAUAGGCAAAUGGGCUACGCAAUUAGCCGAGCACACCAUUGACUUCGUCUCCAGAUCAGCAAUCAUGUCACAGGUCUUGGCAGACUUCAUCGCAGACUGGACCCCAGUAGCACCAUCGCAAGAGCAGCCGAAGAUAGAAGCAAUAUGGCAACUUGAGUGUGAUGGGGCUUACCAGAGAGACGGAGCAGGAGCUUCAGCAAUCCUAAUAGCACCUUCGGAAUACGAAGGCCUUCUCUUGGGUCUUCGCAAAGCAAGAGCGCUGGGCGCGCGAAGAUUAACGAUCAGGUCUGAUUCAGAGUUGAUUAUAGGCCAAAUAAACAAGUCAAACAGGGCUCUCAAGCCAGAAUUAGCGAAGUACCUGGCAGCAGUGCGAAGCAUGGAGAAAUACUUCCUCGGGUUUAGUAUCCGCAGUUUCUCCAGAACGAAGAAUAAGCAAGCUAAUCAACUGGUGAAGGCGGCAGCGCAGUUCGAUUCAUUACCGCCAGAUGUGUUCUUCGAAACAUUAAAGCAGGCCUCCGUCAAUUGUGCGGAAGAACCAGCCAAAUUUGUCAAUGCCAUAACCAGCGAAGACUGGAGGGCAACCAUAAUGGCCUACCUUCGUGGACACUUCAUCCCGGAGGAUGAGAAGGAAGAGAAGAGAAUGGCACUUCGGGCCAGGAAUUACAGAAUCAUAGGCGAAGAGCUAUACCAGAGAUACAUGCAGGGAUGUGUUCUUCGCACAUCGCAACGAGGGCCCUGCAAAUUCCCACCCGACGAGGUGCAGCUAUUGCCUCCGGUAUGGCCCCUCGCGCGAUGGGGCAUUGAUAUUGUUGGACCAUUGCCUACAGCUCUAGGAAACUACAAGUACGCCGCUGUGGCGGUAGAGUACUUCUCCAAAUGGGUCGAGGCCAAAGCACUCAGGGACAUCACAGCAGGAGCCCUGCAAAAAUUCUUUUGGCAGAACAUCGUCUGCCGCUUCGGGGUCCCGAAGGAGGUUAUAGUGGAUAAUGGCAAGCAGUUCGACUGCGCAACUUUCAGGGAGUUCACCACUCAACUUGGCACCAACUUAUGCUUCGCGUCGGUCUACCACCCGCAGUCCAACGACGCGAUGGAAAGGGCCAACGAGUCUAGGACCACAAAGUUCACCCCCUUCAAGCUUCUAUAUGGUGAAGAAGCCGUAACACCCGAGGAAAUCAAACUCAAAUCCUGGAGAACAGCCAAAGGGUCAGAAAAUAUCGAAGAAGAUAUCAAGCCCUCAAUUGACACAAUCGAAGCCGGCAAGAUACAAGCAGCAAUCAACUUGGAAAAAUAUCAAGAAGAGACACGAAGGUGGAAGAAUAAGAAAGUGAAGCCCAGAAACAUCAAAGAGGGCGACUUGGUGCUUCGAAGAAUACCGAAGGCCAAGCAAAAGGGCAAGAUGCACAGCAAGUGGGAAGGCCCGUUUAUCGUCGCAUCUAUGGCAAAACCAGAGGUCUGCAAGCUCCGCACGCUAGAAGGCACCGAAGACCCUUAUUCAUGA